AUGGCAGAGGGUUUAAUUCGGAAACACUCCUAUCGUCGGGCCUGUCACCGAGCCUUAAGGGACGGUUGCGCAGUACCAUAUCGAAGGACAAAUUUGCCUCUAAGCCAGGCACAGGCAAGCGCAGGCACGGCUGCACUUAGUGCAAGCCAAGAGACUAAGGAAAACAUGCAAGCUCAAUUUGCACCGCAGCUUCCUCUUAGGCAACCGCGCAGGCGUCACCCCAGAGGCGGUCGCGAAGCCAAACCACUGCGAGUUUUCUCGUGGAAUGCAGGUGGAUUAAGCCAGCAAUUGUGGGCAGAGUUCAAGGAGUGGCUGCAAAAUCAGCAGGACCUCGAUGUUAUCUUUAUCCAGGAAACUCACUGGACUACAUCCUCCCAGUUUAAAGUCCAUGGCUGGACGGCUGUUUCAGGCGGGCUGCCGGAAGAAGAGCUCGUGAGGUCUCCUCCCGCUCAAAAAUCCCAGCUACCCGAACAGCCAAAGCACAGGCGCUCUGCAGGUGUUCUCACUCUACUAUCGCCUAGUAUAGACUCAGCGACACUACGCUGGCAGGAUCUACACCCAGGCCGUGCUCACGAGGUUCACUGCGAAAUCCGAGGCCAUCCAGUGCUCCUGCUAAACUGCUACCAGUACACCAAGCAACGAGGCAUGACGGAGCAGGACCACUAUGCCACUCAAAGCAAAGUACUCUCUUCCCUAAGCAAGUCCCUUUCCAACUUGUCGCAGCGCACUGUUCCGGUACUGGCGGGCGAUUUCAACUCUUCCCUAAAACCAAAUCCCCCCUUCGUAGGGGGAGUGGUACCAGCAGGAUCUUCUAAGCACAAGCCGGUCCAAAAACAGUUCCAGAAGUUUCUUCAGCGAAACUCCCUAGUUGCGCUUAACACAUGGCAGGGGCGCAAGGCAAACACCUUCAUCUCGCCACAGGGCAGCUCUCAGAUAGAUUUCCUCUUGACCUCCAAGUUCUACGCUGCUCAGCUGGCCCGAAAAGUGUGUAUCCUCAAAGACUUUAAGCUGGGAGCAUGGCGCAAAGGUGGCAAACACAUGCCACUCAGAACAGCAGUACCCCUCAAGAAGGUCUGGAGACACCCGUUCUCGACCAAAACUCAACCGGCAGUCCCUUCCAAACAAAAGUCCCUACUGGCUCACCAUGUUAGACAAAACACUCCUCUGGCUCAAACCCUGCGGGAGCAAGUUGCACAGGAUGUCGACAAACUCCGAGCGCAGAAGAAUGGCGAGCCUCUUCACCCUGAUGAGGUCAACGAGCUUCUUCUCGAACACGCCAAGACUUUCCAGCCGAGGGACCCAGAAGAAGGCAGCUUGGACGCAGCUCCGACAGCACAACCUCUGUGGCGGCUUCAUAACCAUCGGCAGACUGCACUGCGGAACCUAAAACGUGAGGAUGACGUCAUAAAUAAGAUGGCUCGCACCGAGCACCUCAAACAGGCUCAGCGCUCGCUAGACGAGGCAGCCAAGGCACAUGCCAUCCAGAUAAAGAAUCAGGCCCGAGAAAGAACUCAUCGUACUUUGACAGAGAUUUCUGAGAAGGUCAAACGAGAUCCACAUGCGGCAUAUCGCUCCUUAAAGCAUGUAGCUCCUUGGUCUCCUGCACCUAGAGUCUGCCUCAGAUCGCCAUGCGGCCGCAUCCUAACCGAGCCUGAGGGACUAGCAGAGUUAAAGAGACAUAGUCUUUCCAUCUUCUCCUCGCAUCCCCCCCUAGCCAGUGGCGUAGGCCAACCCUUGCCCAAGCUGGACAAAAGCAGUUUGUCCAAAGGCAUAGCCUCAAUAAAGCCGGAAAAGGCAGUACCGCAAGGAUCUGCCCCCGCAUCCAUGUACCGCCUUUGUGCUUCCACUGUGGCCAAUAACUACUGUGACUAUCUCGAAGCGGUGCCUCCGCCUCCCGCUCCGACCCAUCAGGCGUGCGAGGUCACCUCCUGCCAAGGGAAGCGCGAGCCUCAGCAUAACACAGCAACACUGAAUCCAGCCGAGCCACCCUCGCUGCCCAUAACGGCCAAGUCAGCAGACCUUAGCUUCAUACCCAAGCCCUCUAAACCUGCCUCUAAGCCGGAAAACCUGCGACCGCUGGGCAUCAUUAGGCCAGAUGGCAAAGGCAUAGCCUCUGGGGCUAGGAGAAGGCUCGACCCCCUCUUUAAGAAGGCCCACUUUGCCUCCCCUCAAUUUGCCUACAUUCCAGGACGCGGUAUCGCCGAUGCCCAACUCCGGGUAAUUGGCCACGCAAGGCGUGUCCGUGCCAUGCUUCGAUCCCGAGCACCAGACAGGUUCUGCACUUCCAAGCGCACGAAGGGCAAGCCGGAUCUAAUCGGAGGCUUCACCUUCUCAUUAGAUCUCUCUCAAGCUUUUGACAAAACAAGCAGAGAGGCUCUCUUGCGCUCACUAAUUACUUACGGAGCCUCACCCGAAGACGUCGAGCUGGUCGCAUCCCUCCACAGGGAGGCCCAGUAUAAUCUGCGCUACGGACGAAGCCAGGAAACAGUAACCUCCACAAGAGGAAUAAAGCAAGGAUGCAAACUGGCCCCUUCUCUCUUCUCCCUGGUUAUCACGGAGGCGUUCCGGCUUAUGGCCACCCACAUAGGGUUCCCUCCCAUACAGCAGUUCCUCACAGGCUUCGCAGAU